CGGACAGCCGCAAUCCAGCCCAUUGACAACUUUAGGUAUGAGUUCACUAACUACCUUAACUUUAAGGUCAGAUACAACCAUCUUGUACUCUCAAAUCCCUCCCUUUUUCUAGAUCCAACAAGCAUGUCGAGUAACUAGUGGUCUGGCUGGCCUCUCCCGUUCACACUCGCCAGCGUCUCUCUCCCGCACCGACUCCCCUUCCCAUCUCCAUCUCCUUCCUGGUCAUUCUCACUCUUGACCACUUCCUUACUCCCCCGACGUCGGAUUUCUUCCCAUCCUUGUCGCCAUGGCGUCGGCUAUUUUCUUCCUGGAUCUGAAGGGCAAGACCCUUCUAGCCCGGAACUAUCGCGGAGACAUCCCUCUGUCCGCGGUCGAGAAAUUCCCUAUCCUCCUCAGCGACGCCGAAGAAGAGAGCUCCGCCGUCGCCCCCUGCUUCUCCCAUGAAGGAAUCAAUUACCUCUACAUCCGUCACAGCAACCUCUACAUCCUGGCCCUGACCAAGAAGAACACCAAUGCCACCGAGAUUCUCCUCUUCCUACAUAAGAUCGUCGAGGUGUUUACGGAAUACUUCAAGGUGCUGGAGGAGGAAAGUAUCCGGGACAACUUCGUCAUUAUCUAUGAAUUACUCGAUGAGAUGAUGGACUUUGGGUACCCGCAGACCACGGAGAGCAAGAUCUUGCAAGAAUACAUCACACAAGAAUCACACAAGCUCGAAGUCCAAGCCCGACCACCUAUCGCGGUCACCAAUGCCGUCUCCUGGCGAAGCGAGGGAAUCCGCUACCGCAAGAACGAAGUCUUCCUCGAUGUUGUCGAGUCCCUGAACCUCCUCGUCUCCGCGUCUGGUAACGUGCUGCGAUCGGAGAUUCUGGGCGCUAUCAAGAUGAAGUGCUACCUGAGUGGGAUGCCGGAGCUGCGGCUGGGCCUGAACGACAAGGUCAUGUUCGAGACCACGGGCCGCGCCACGCGCGGCAAGGCCGUCGAGAUGGAGGAUGUCAAGUUUCACCAGUGCGUGCGACUCUCGCGCUUCGAGAACGACCGCACCAUCAGCUUCAUCCCGCCGGAUGGCGAGUUCGAGCUCAUGAGCUACCGGUUGAACACGCAGGUGAAGCCGUUGAUCUGGGUGGAGUGUCUGGUCGAGUCUCACUCUGGUUCGCGGAUGGAGUACAUGCUGAAGGCCAAAGCACAAUUCAAGCGCCGCAGCACAGCCAACAAUGUCGAGAUCCUCGUGCCCGUGCCGGAAGAUGCCGAUUCGCCGCGGUUCCGCACCAAUAUCGGCACCGUCCACUACGCCCCUGAGAAGUCCGCCAUCAUCUGGAAGAUCAAGCAGUUCGGCGGCGGCAAGGAGUUCCUGAUGCGCGCGGAGCUGGGUUUGCCCUCCGUCAAGGGCGAUGACGAGCACGGCGGCGGCAUGACGGGCGGCUUCGGCGGCAGCAUGGGCGGCACCGGCCAAGGCAAGGCCAAGCGGCCGAUCAACGUCAAGUUCGAGAUCCCCUAUUUCACCACUAGUGGCAUCCAAGUACGGUACUUGAAGAUCACCGAACCAAAGCUACAAUACCCUUCCCUCCCCUGGGUACGAUAUAUAACCCAGUCGGGCGAUAUCGCCGUCCGCAUGCCAGAUGUACAAUGAUGUAUAGCGUUUUCCAACCCCC